UUUAUUAAAACCACACAACUUAAACUGAAUCGACAGCUGACACAAAUAAGAUCCAAGACUAUAAAUAUAGACUAUGUAUAUUUUAUAUAGAAUGAGUACGAGAUCUUGGGUUGUGGCCAGAAGGAAUAUAACAUCUAAUUUUAAAUAUAUGUAUAGACUCGGGAAGAGCCAACCGGAAUAUUGUCAUCUCCAGCUUUCACGUCACGUCCGACAGUCCAAACCCAAAAGUCUAGUAGUCUUGUUUGGAGCCUUUCUGAUCUUGGGUCAUUGUGAUUCCCCCAAUGAUAUGACCUGCUAUAGAGCUAAAAUGUAACUGCGCUGCUCAGUAACACAGUACCUUCGCGUAGCCUCAGCAGGGCGAGAUGGGCGGGGCGUUACGAGCCUGCGGGAAGGGGGAGGGCAGACGGGCGUGGCGUCUCCGAGACGCGAUUGGCUGCCCUGGGGAACUACGUGGGGGCGUGGCGAGUACCCGGACGCAGAGCCGCUCGGUCUUACACAAACACUGAAGCUCUCAGCAAUGGGCACCGAGAUUUGGAGCAAAUAGCGCAGAAACGUGGAAGAAAUGGCCUGCCGCAUUCGUGAUGGUUGAAUCAUGAUCACGGGGCUUUGCUUUGCUCCCGUCUCUUUGCCCUCGGAUGAUUUGUGAAGCCACGCGUGGAAAUUCUGGACUGAGAAGCCCACACCAGUAAGUUCCUAUCACGACACUGCUAGCUUGUGAUUCCGGACUCGACAGUCGCCCUUGCUGUGGGACGCAUUGGGUGCUCUCCGGGUGCGUGGAAACCCGGGCUCUUCGGCUCCAGCUGCUACCAAAAAAAAAAACGGAGCGUGUUUUUUUUUCUCCUGGGCGGAUUGUACACUGAACCCACUGAUGCACGGACCGUCGCCCUGGGACUCGGAGCUACAAACUGUUGCAUGUUUAGCCGAAGGAAAACCGAAAUAGUGGAGAAAUUCUCUCACGGUUGACGCACGGAGCGGGUGAGGAAGUAUACCCGGUAUUGCGGUGGGGGUAGGCUCGCACAUGUCCCUAGCCGAGCCCGGCCUCCCCGAGUUUGUGUCUCUCGUCUCCAGUCAAUCGUAGCAGCGGGCGCCCCGUCACGUGACAGGCGCACCACCGCGAGCCCGUCUCGUGCGCGACUCCGUGUCCCCGAAAGAGGGGGUCUAAGGAGUGCGCCUGCCGGAGGAGGAGUACCCCAGCCCGGGGCAGAAGCGUGAGGGGUCGGUCGCCGCUGGACGUGAGUGAGCUGCUUUCGCAAACCGGAACCGAGCCGCGGAGCGCCGGGUCGGAGCUGGGAACCCACCUCCCCAGGCGCCGCGCUGCCAGCCGAACCGGUUCCCCGGUGAGUCAGGCAGGAGCGUGGAUGUGUCACCGCGUCUCUCCUUCGUGCACCGCGAACCCUGCCUGAAAUGGACACCGUGCUUGCAGCGGGGCCCAGGUCUCCCCAAUAACCGAGCCUCGAGCCGAUGGACCCCAGUAUCCCUGCUUACUGCCACCAAGAACGGUACUGGUGGGCCCGGUCGUAACAACAGCGGGGACCAAUGAAACAGAGCCUUAGCGCGUCCGGACACACACGGACACCUGUUUUUAUUACAGGCUUGCUGUUUUAUUCUCGGCGUCUUCACCUGCAGGAUCUUUAAAGCGGGCAGCCUCUCCACUGCCCUUCUUGCGCGUAGAGACGCAGCCGCGUCGCUCUGCGGACUUGAGCGGCGACGAUGAUUUAUUGAAACAUCUGGGGGUUUUCUGGGAUCGGAUCGGGCUCCGCGGGCUGUAUAUUCAGACGCAGACUCGGGCCAGACCCAAACGCCAACUCCCCCCCACCUCACCUCCUCCUCCUCCGCGGUGUCUGGCGCUGCCCCUCUCCUGUCCCAGCCAGCCCGUCAGGCUACAGAGACGCCUCUCCCGACCGGAGCGAUGCUGCUCGCCUCGGCGGUGGUGGUCUGGGAAUGGCUGAACGAGCACGGGCGGUGGCGGCCUUACAGCCCGGCCGUGUCGCACCACAUCGAGGCGGUGAUCCGCGCCAACCCGCGGGGCGGCAGCGUGGUGCUGGGCCAGGUGGACACCAAGCUCUCCCCGUACAUCAUCGACCUGCACUCCAUGCACCAGUUCCGCCAGGACACGGGUAAGGACAUGUUUUCCAGAGAGAGAGGGUGUUUUAUUAAAACACAAAACCCGUACCGGGUCGCAUCGUUCUGUCGCGGGUGUCUGGGCACCUGUCUGGAUAUCAGACCGCUGUUCUCUCUUUCGCCCCCGCCCCCCCCAGCGCCGCCGCCGCCGCCCCCUGCCUCAGCGUGCGCAGCCCCUCUGCCGCCCCGCUCCAGCCUGGCGGGACUGAGCCGCCCAGCCCUGCAGCGCAUCGCCAUGGCACAGUCUCGAGCCCUCAUCGCCUCGGGGGUUCCCACUGUUCCAGUGAAGAAUCUCAAUGGCUCCAGUCCAGUUCACCCAGCACUGGCAGGUAAGAGAGGGAUUAAUACACUACAUUUGAGUGACCCUGAGUGUAACUCCCACUGCCGUCCCUUGGCCUUGCUGGUCUUCAAAGCUCUUGGUUUCUUUCUUUUAGGUAAAACCCCAGAGGAAGUGGUGAAGAAAUACCUGCAGAAAGUGCGCAACCCUCCUGAGGAGGACUGCACGAUUUGUAUGGAGCCCCUCGGAGGCCCCUCUGGCUAUAAGGGGGCACCAGCAGGGGUGUCCAGGAACGAACCCGUGGGCAGACUGGCCAAGUGUGGGCAUCUCUACCACCUGCAGUGUCUGGUAGCCAUGUACAACAACGGCAACAAGGACGGCAGUCUGCAGUGCCCCACCUGUAAGACGAUUUACGGGGUGAAGACGGGCACACAGCCCCCAGGCAAGAUGGAAUACCAUGUCAUUCCCCACUCCCUGCCCGGGCAUCCCGACUGUCGCACGAUCCGCAUCAUCUACAACAUUCCACCAGGAAUACAGGGUCCGGAGCACCCCAACCCUGGGAAACCCUUCACAGCGCGAGGAUUCCCCCGACACUGCUACCUCCCUGACAGUGAGAAGGGGCGCAAGGUGUUGCGGCUCUUGCUGGUGGCCUGGGACCGGCGGCUGGUGUUCUCAGUGGGCACCUCCAGCACCACAGGUGAGAGCGACACGGUGGUGUGGAACGAGGUCCACCACAAGACGGAGUUUGGCUCGAACCUAACUGGCCACGGCUUCCCUGACCCAGGGCACCUGGACAACGUGCUGGAGGAGCUCAGGGCGCAGGGCAUCACUGAAGAGGACUGUCUGAGAGACUGAGGGCCAGAGGGCGGGAGUGCGCACAGACUGCCCACACUGACCACUAGGGGGCAGUCAAUGCACUAGCUCUGAAUCACCUAACAGGAUCCGAUGUUAACUAGCACUUGAUAGAGAAACUAGAAGAGAGUUCCUGAGUGACUCUGCUGGAAAUUGUGGUACGUUAAUACUGACUUAACACUGCACUAAAAAGAGGGGUUAAUACAGUCCAGACACACUGACUGGACACUCCAGUACA